UUCAGAUUUCUUCCUAAAUGAUCUGCCAUGCAAUAGAAUGACUACCCAUUCAUCAGCAACAAAGGAUCAAAGAGAAGAUUCAAAAUUAUUGGAUUAUUUGAAGAAAUUCAGAAAAGAAUGGUUCCAAUAUUGUUGUGCAGCAGUAUUUACCAUAAAAUUUCUCUUAGUACCAUGCUAUCAUAGCACCGAUUUCGAGGUUCAUCGUAACUGGAUGGCUAUUACACAUACGCUUCCCAUUUGUUCGUGGUAUUACGAAAACACAUCGCAAUGGACGCUCGAUUAUCCCCCACUUUUCUCCUUUUUUGAAUAUUUUUUAAGUCAGGUGGCAUCAAAAAUCAUUCCUUCUGCAUUGGUGCUGCAAAAAGACGCAUACUUUUCCACUGAAUUACUGUAUUUCCAGAGAUUUUCGGUGAUUAUAACGGAUGUUUUUUAUGUCCUAUCAUGUGUUUUUUUAACAAAAAGUUUCUCUGGAUUCUACAUAACUUAUCGCGGUGUGGAGAAAAAUUCGUUCGCUGCCGACAUUUUUCUCAUAGCCAAUGUUUCAUUGGUGAUGAUCGAUAACAUACAUUUUCAAUAUAAUGGCUUUCUGACAUCACUUUUUUUGCUUUCUCUCGGUUGGGUUAUGAGAAAGUCUUUUCUCUAUGGUGCGUUGACCUACUGCAUGCUAUUAAAUAUGAAACAUAUUUAUCUAUACUAUGCACCUGCAUAUGCGGUGUACUAUGUUAUGAAUUAUUUGUUUUCCUCAGGAAAGGCUUUUAUAGCUAACGGUGCAAAAUUAGCUGCUAUUCUUAUGCUUCCAUUUGCACUAUCUUUUGCUCCGUUUAUUCAUUUAUGUGGUCCUGGUAUUUUGCAGCAGAUAUGGAAACAGUUGUUUCCAUUUGAGCGUGGUUUAACACACGCUUACUGGGCCCCGAAUUUAUGGGCACUUUACAAUUUUUCUGACUGGUAUUUUUAUCAAAUCCUGAAAUUGACUGGGCGAUUGCCGCCAAAUGUUCACUCGCCUGCUUAUGUUUCAGGCCUUGUACAAGAAUUCAAGCAUUCCAUCUUACCUUCUGUAUCACCAUUCGGAACAUUGCUAGUGACGUUAACAUUGCUCUUACCGUUAGUAUCUCUUAUCCGGACGCGGCACUCAAAGAAUUUUCCCCUUUUACUCACAUUAUCGGCAUUUGCUUUCUUCCUUGCUGGAUAUCAUGUGCACGAAAAAGCAAUCAUACUCAUCACUAUUCCAUAUACUAUUCUAGCUUCUUCAGACCAUCGAUUUCUGCCGUCUUUUAUUGUGCUUUCAGUUGUGGCCAAUGUUUCACUUUUUCCUCUUUUCUUUACACCUUUCGAGAAUAUUUUGAAGGUUUCUGUUACACUUUGCUAUCUGUUUUUAUCAGUAAGCAUUAUGCGGUUUUUGUGUCCAAAAAGAUCGCUUCGUUUUCUCCAGAAACUUUAUUUGUUUGGGCUCUUAAUUGUUCAGGUUUAUUGCUUAGUUUUGCAUCAGAUUAUAUUCGGCAUUAAUUUCGAAUUCAUUCCUUUAAUGCUUACUUCAUUGUCAACAGCUUUUGGACUUUGUUGGAUUUACUUUGAAUUGCUGUGGAUUAUUUCUUUUGAGAAUCCAAAAUAUACUGGAGCUGCAUGUAUCUGCGAAAAAAAGUUUAAGAGGAAAUAAUUUUAUUAUUGGCGUUAACUCUUACUCUGUUACUUUUUCCACGGUAUGUUAAGU